AUGACAGUUACAAAUUUAACAGAACAGAAUGACCAAGACUCAAAUGGAGCAAGCAUUCAUGCCAUAUCCAAAACUAAAAUCAUAUUUGUUACUGGACUCUUUAUUAUCUCACUAGCCGCUUUUGUACUACAAACGGAAUUCACAUCUCAAGCCUAUCAAUUAAAAUAUAGUGAACCGAUUUUGCUACUAGCUGUGACACAUGGUUCGUGGUGGACCUUAUGGCCCAUACAAGUGCUAUUUGUUUCAACUUGGAGGACUAUACACAAGAGGAGCAGGCUCAUCAAAGAGUCAAGGACAAGGACAAGGACGUUAAGCAAUACCAUUGAUGAACCUAUUCAGUAUCAAAGACUAACUGGCGAUCGUCAAGAUUUCCAACAAGAUCAACAAGAUGUAGUUGUUCCUAAUUACGUUUCUUACUUUAAGAAAGCAAUAGUCAAACAAUUCCACAAUGUUUAUCACACAGCAAUACUCAUUUAUGAAUCCAACGUUCAUGAAAAUAGAUCGACUACACAUCUCAAUCAAAUUAUAGAGAAUAGUGUUCAAAUUUCAUCAACAGAUUCAAUUUCGGCGUGCAUAAAACUGUUUCUAAAAACACCAGCAAUCCAAUAUAUCUUGUAUAAGGUGAUGCUUGUCACAGUGGUUUUGACCAUCGCUGGAUUUACGUGGUACGGUGCAAUGAGCAUGACUUAUGCAGCCGAUGUCACUGCCAUAUAUAAUUGCUCUGCAUUCACCGCAUAUGCAUUUGCAGUGUUGCUCUUGAACGAAAAAUUUGCCUGGUUGAAGAUCAAUUCAGUCAUAAUUGCACUUAUUGGUGUAUUUAUUGUUUCAUACUCCGCAAGUGACACUGAUAAAGUUGACGAAAAAAAUGAUGGCUCUAAUUCGGAGAAGAACCCGCAUCCUUAUAGGUUUUGGGGUAAUGUGAUUAUCUUUAUUGGUGCAGUAUUGUAUGGGUACUACGAGGUGUUAUACAAAAAAUAUCUUUGCAUUCCGGAACACUUGACCAAGAUUAUCACACCGAGGAGACAAUUAACUUUUGCCAAUUUUAUAAUGGCAUUAUUGGGGGCUUACACAUUGGUCAUAUUGACCGUUUUAAUGCUCUUUGUUGAAGUUUUCCAUAUCCACAAGUUUAACUUUUUCAAUUAUGGAGAAAAUACUCGUAAGAUAUGGCUAUACAUCCUUGGCUCAAUUAUCAGCAAUUUACUAUUUAGCGCAUCAUUUUUGUCGUUGAUGGCAUUGACCAAUCCGGUUUUAUCAUCAGUGAGCUCUUUGUUGACUAUUUUUCUCAUUGGAUUAGUUGAGUGGUUGGUCUUUGAUAACACUUUAGAUUUACAGCAAAUUAUAGGUGAUUGUUUUGUUAUCGUUGGGUUUAUCAUGUUAACUACAGCUUCUUGGAAAGAGAUUAGUGAAGGAAACGAAGAUGAUGAUGUAGAAGCUGUAAGUACAUACUCUUUUCCAACGAGUACCAAUGAGAAUCGUUAA